AUGCAAGAAGCAAUUGGAUGUCACAUUACUUUUGGAGAAUUGCAAGUCGAGAUUGGUCGAGAUGCUAGACAAAAAGGCCACUUGGGACGCUCUGAAAUCUCUAAAUCACCAGUGUCACUCCAAGACGAGCAUGGAUAUUCAUUUUGGAAGAUAAUCAUACAUGCAUUCAACAUUGCACAAGUUGAUAAUAGUUAUCAACAAGAUCUCGAUAGAAUCUAUCAAUUUAUCAACCACCAUCUAUCAACACCACCAAAAUUGCCAACAAGUGAAUUUAACAAUAUUGCACUUUGUAUAUUUUUAAAGCGAACAUUAAAAGUACAAGAAAUACUUGCAAUACAGAGAUUUAAAGUCUCAAUAUUUGCAGACCAAACAAUCCUACUAGAGGAAUUAAAUCAAAAUUGUCCAUUAUUAUUUUCAUCAACUCUUCAACAACAAGACAAAAUAAUAAUUAUAGAUUAG